AUGCGACGUCUCCCCGUUGCCCAUAAUGGUCUACCCGCUCGAUUAUUUCCAGCACCGUCGCGACUGGUAAGCUCCCAGAGCUCUCCCCAGCUUCCCGAGCUCCCAUGGUGCCCAUCCCCGCACUCUGGAAGCACAGACUCACCUUUCCCCCACAACAGCCAACGCAAGCAAUCCGAACGCGCUUCCAAAAUCGCAUCGCUACCACCCCAAUACCAAUCCCCGCUGUCAUCUUCCGAGCGCAGCAUCCUCGGCAAGCCCAUCCAGGAGCUCGUGCAGGAUGUACAGAAGCAAGUUACUAGCCCCGUCGACGUCCUACGCACCUACGCAAAGGUCGCCGUCGAGGCACAUCACAAGACAAACUGCCUGACUGAAAUACUGUUCCCCGAAGCUGAAGAAUGGAUUGAAAAGGGCGAUGUCAACCUCGAGGGUCCGCUGGCUGGCAUACCUGUCUCCCUCAAAGAUUCCAUUGCUGUUGAAGGAUUCGAUGUUACCAUAGGCUACUCUUGCCAUACCGGACAGCCGUAUAGCAGGGACGGAUCUCUGGUCCGUCUUUUGAAGAAUGCGGGCGCUAUCCCCUUCGUCAAGACGAACCUGCCCAUCACUCUCCUCUCUUUCGAAUCCACAAACGAUGUCUGGGGCCGAACAACUAACCCGCAUAACAAAGACUAUUCUCCUGGCGGCUCAACUGGCGGUGAAGCCGCGCUGCUCGCCUUUGGCGGCAGCCGCAUCGGCAUCGGCUCCGACGUCGCGGGCUCGGUGCGGGCACCUGCGCAUUUCUCUGGGUGCUAUUCGCUGCGGUGCUCGACUGGGCGCUGGCCGAAAAUGGGCAUAAACACGAGCAUGCCUGGCCAGGAGGGGAUAGCCAGUGUGUUUAGUCCCAUGGCCCGGACUUACAAUGAUCUGCACUACUUUACGCGCAGCUUCAUUCGGAUGAAGCCAUGGCAAUACGACCACAGUUGCCACCCCAUCGAAUGGCGGGACCAUGUUGUCGAGGAGUUCAAGGAUAAGAAGAAGUUUAGGGUUGGUGUUAUGAGAACUGACGGUGUUGUUGACCCCGCCCCUGCCUGUGCCAGAGCGCUUGACCAAGUUGCUACGGCCCUCGCCGCCGAGGGCCAUGAAGUCUUUGAUGCUUCCCCGCCCUCUCCAUUCAGAGCUCUUGUCAUAGCUUCACAGCUCCUCAACUCGGACGGCUGCCGUACGUUUAUGUCCUGGUUCCGGACCGGAGAAUGGAACGAUCCGGGCGCUGUGCAGAUGGCUUUCUACAUGAAGCUUCCGCGUCCUUUGAAGUACCUGCAUUAUUUGUGGGUCAAAUAUGUGCGACGUGACCAUAUGUGGGCUGAACUACUCCAUGGUUGGUAUGAAAGGAGCGCAUUUGAGCAGUGGAAGCUCGUCGCGCAGCGCGAGGCGUACAAAGCGAUAUGGCACGAUUGGUGGAGAGAGGAGGCCAAGAUGGAUUUCAUGAUAACCGUGCCAAAUGCUACUCCCGCAGUGCCUCAUGAUGGAAUGAAGGAGGCCGUCAGCAGCUGCGGAUAUACAUUCCUGUUCAACCUGCUCGACUAUGCGUGUGGCAUCCUGCCGGUGACACACGUUGAUCGUACGCGUGAUGCGUUACCAGCCUCUUUCAACUUCCGUCAACUGAACGGUGUAGCCAAGGGCGCGUACAAGUAUUACGAUGCUGUCAAGAUGGAAGGUCUGCCCGUGGGUGUUCAGGUCGUUGGAAGGAGACUCGAGGAAGAGAAGGUGUUGGCCGCCAUGGAGAAGAUUGAGGACGCGCUGGAGAAGAAUGGCGGAAAGUACCAACUGCUGGAAGUUGAGUAG